AUGAGAACUAGGGGGGGUCAAUCCCAGCAGAGAUGCCGCCGGCAGAUUCGACAACAAUUUGAGCAGCUCCGACAUUGCCAGCAGUACUUAUCCGAGGGGAGCCCUUUCGAGAUGGACAUCAUGAACCAGCAGGGACGGCAGCAGCAGCACCUCAGACAAUGCUGCCAAGCACUUCAGAACUUCGACGAGAAGUGCCAAUGCGGGCCCAGUAACAAUGGAACAUAUGCCCAUGCAGGUACAAAUCUCGACAAAUUGUCGUCAGAAACUCUACAAUUAGGAAGACAAAAAAUCAGGCGUUGCUUGUGA